AUGUUUGCUCUCGAGAUCAAGGCCGAGCUCACGGGAGUGACCAACUUGCGGCCCAGCGAUAGUGAGGACAACCCCUUUUGGUACAUGUUCAAGGUGCAGUGCACUUCUUGUAGAGAGACGCACAGCAACUACGUGGGAGUGAACCGCUUCGAAAUGAAUGAGAUGAGCGGCAGCCGUGGCGAGGCCAACUUCGUGUGGAGAUGCAAGAACUGCAAGCGAGAGUCGUCUGCGUCCAUCAAAGCGGCCGCCGCACCGUAUGAGCAGAGCGAGCCGCCCAAGGCCAAGCGGCUGAUCGAAUUUGACUGCCGCGGCCUCGAGUUUGUCGAGUUCAAGCCCGAGGGAGAGUGGCUCGCCGACGGCGUCGAUUCCGGCACCAAGUUUACGGCCAUUGAACUCGUUGACGGAGAGUGGUUCGACUACGACGAGAAGGCGGGGGAUGAGGUGAGCAUCAAGGAUAUUGCGUGGGAAAUUCGCCGGGCGUAG